AUGGAGACGAUUUGGUCGAAAAUGGAUUGGGCGAUUCGAGACGCCGGAAAGAAGGUAGGGGCCCACCGACAAUGUUAUAACGACUGGAACCAAUGGGCCAUGGGUUGCAAGCUUUCCCUGCCUCUCUCCGCGGGAAUUCCACUCUCGUACGUGCUACUGCUGCACAUCUUCGAUCACAACAGUAAAGACAAGAACGAACCAGCGUCGCUGAAGAAAAGAUUUUUGGCCGCCGCUAUCAAUAAUGCUGUUUCAAUUGGAUUGACUUACUACGUGCUCUCAUUCAGCUCUUCAACGCCGCUUUCUCUAAUGGGAUUUAAAUCCACGGGGAAUCUGGCGUCGAUCGUGGUUCCGGCCGGCUUGACACUUACACUCUAUGCGGGACAGAUCCUCUUGAUGUACUACGAGAAGGAGUUGGUCGAUUAUUUCAGAUUGUCUUCGUGGGGUGCCUCCUUCCGACAGUGGACCUGGUGGCGCGAUAUUGUUGUGGCUCCGGUCACUGAAGAGAUCGCAUUUCGGGGUUGCGCCGCGGCACUGAUGGCGACCUGUCUAUCGCCGGCCCAAACCAUCUUUAUUGCCCCGUUGUCUUUCGCACUUUCUCACAUGCACCACAUCGACGAUGACACGAAGAAGGGCGCCACACUCAGGGAUGCGGUGGUUGGCAGAGCGUUCCAAGGGGCGUAUACGUACAUCUUUGGCGCCUACGCCACCUUCUUGUUCUUGCGCACGGGCAACAUCAUCGCUCCGAUGGUAACCCACUCGAUGUGCAACGGCUUUGGGCUGCCGCAGCUCCACGAAAUUCAGCCCCUACCAAAGAUGCGCACUCUGGAUUACGUUCGGCCUGGGAUUCGUCGGUACUAUACUGCCCUU